CAAUGCAUCGUUCUGUUCCGUUUGCAAUUUCGUCGCUAAAUAUAAUAAAAUGUAACUUUAAGGCAUUUUCUUGCUAAAGCGGUGUAAAAGGCGGAUUUUACAUGAACUUGUGAAAAAGGUCAGAGCGUAACCAUGCUGAAGUGGUUUUCUGGAGAAGAGGGAGAGCCUGGAUCUGGAGGUCCAGGCUCUCCCCACGGAGCUGCUGGAGGUGAAACGGUUGCCGUAGAAGAAAUGGCAGAGAGGUUGACCCAAACUGAGCAGCUUGUCUCUCAGCUGAAGGAAAUGAUCCGGGAGAAGGACUCAGCCCUUCGCUCCAAAGAUGACCAGCUGAAGGUGGAGAAGGAAGCAUGUGAGGCCAAACUGUCAAAACUUCGUCUCCAAAACAAGGCCAAAGUAACGUCUCUGACAACGCAGCUGGAGGAGCUGAAGAAGCGGCACGGAGACCCCGGCACACCAACACACGGCAAGAAGGGUUCAUCAGAAGGAGAUCAAGCCAGCCGGGGAAAGAUUGUGCUGCUGAAGAGGAAAGUGGAAGAGCUAGAACAGCAGCUGGCACAAAGAGACGAGGAACUGGAAAACAAAAGACGAGAGUUGGAGUCUCAGCUGCAGCGAGGCGAGGAAAUGGACGCUAUGCUGACCGAGAAGGACAAGAGACUGACAGAAAAAGAGGCUUACAUCGUCCACUUGCAGAUGGGUUUGGCAGGAGGUCAACCCAUCACACCUGCACCACACCUGCAGGUGGAACUGGACGGUGGAGCGAAGGAGGAGCUGCAGCUGCUGGUGCAGAGCCUGACCAAGAAGGUGGGAGAAGCAGAGGAGCGCUACAGUUUGCUGCAGGAGGAGACCGACAGCCUCAAAGAGCUGCUGGCCUCGGAGAAGGCGCAGUACAGCCAGAAGGAGAGCAUGUUCAAGCAGAAUAUCCAGACAUUUAAAGAUAUCAUAAUACAGAAAGAUAAUCAACUGAUGGAGAUCAGUAAGAUGCAUGAACAGGAGCUCUUCAAGCUAGCAGCCAAGUCUGAUGCUAGUGCCGACCUGGAGCAGCUUUUAAAGGCGCUGAAGCAGAAGCUUCAUGAGAAGGAGGAGGUGCUGCUUGGUAAAACCCAGGUCAUUGAUGUUCUCCAAGGAGAGGUGGAUGGCAGGGACCAGCAGAUAAAGGAGCUCACAGAGCGGCUGCGUCGACUACAAGUAGAACGAGAGAGCCUGGAAUCCAAGAUGGAGGCAGAGAAGCAUGUGAUGCGAGCACAGCUUCGUGACCUGAUGGAGAAGCAACAGGUGGAGGUGCAACGGAUGACUGAGCAGCAUCAAGCACAGAUGGACCAAAUCCAGCAGGACCUGCUGGGGCAGCUGGAGGAGCUCAGGAGAGCCUCAUUAACAGCACCGCCUGCCAGUCAGGAGGCCUCAGGAAGUGGAAACCUGCCCACUGAUUCAGCCUCCAUCCAGAGGAUAGCGGAGCUGGAAGCUCAAGCAAAGCAAAAAACAGAAGAAGCCAGCAGAUCCGAGGCCAAGUUCCUCAAAAUGAAAGCUUGGUCUAAAUCUCGAAUCAGACAGCUGGAAGACGAGUUAAAGAAAAGCCAGGCUGGAGCUGCCCCUCCAGACCUGAUGGCCCUGCGGAGUCAAAUCACGGCCCUGGAGGAGGAGCGGGAGGAAAACCAAUGGAGGGUGGAGCAGUAUCAAGAGCUUAAAGCAAAAAACGAAAUGCUGGAGGCUAAGCUGGUUUUGUAUGAGGAGCAACAAAGAACAUUACAGGCAGACCUGGAGCAGUUCACCAAGAGGGCUGCUUCUCAGGCCAGCGAGUCGGGCAGCGCUGAUGAUACUCAGAGUCAGGUGCUGGAGUGGCAGGAGAUGGUUGCCGAGGCGGUCAGCGCUAGGGACCGAGCCAGGGAGGAGAAGGCUGCCAUGGCCCUUCGCAUCAGCCACAUGGAGGAGGAAAGAGAGGCUCUGGCCACUCGGCAGCAGGAGUUGGAGGACGAGUUGGCUCAAGCUCGGGGGCUCGGCCACCACAGAGCCAAGAAGCUGGCGGCUCCGGCCCAGCGAAGCCUGCAGGAGGAUUUUGAGUUUGAUGGACAGGCCCCCUUCCAGGACCCUCGGAGUGCCUCGGAGAGCACCACCCCGAUGGAGGGAGAGAACAUGGGAGACGGUUUGCGGUCCGUCGUGGAGGAACUGGAGCUGGAGCGGAACCAGCUGCAGGAGCAGAUCCUGAGCCUGGAGGAGCGCUGCCAAGACCUGGAGGACCGACUGCAGCUGCAGGCCCGGAUAGAGGCGUUACAGAACGAGAGUGAGAGACUGCAGAGCCAACUUGCCAGUGUUCGAAGUCAACAGGGCAGAGAUGCUGAAAAGCAUCAGCUGCUGGUGAACAGCCUCAACGAGAAGCUGAAAGGGCUGAGUGAAACACAAGAGUGCCUGGAAAGUUCCCUCAUUGAGAAGGAGAACACGUUGGCCAAGACGUCGGAGAAACUCGAGCUCAUCAGCAGCCUCAGAGAAUCGCUGAGUGAAAAAGAAAUGCAGUACAAAGAGCUGUUGGACAGGCUCCUUCAGGCUGAGCACAGUCUGGAGAACAUGGCCAUGAAGUGCAGCGGCUCAGAGAAACAGUGCUCCGAACUGAAAACAGAAGCUGCUGACCUCACGCAGAAGCUGAGUCUGCUAAAGGAAAAGGCACAAAAACAAGAAGUUACCAUAGAAACGCUGCAAACAGAGCUUGAUCAGACAAACGAGGACCUGGACAAGCUGAACACCACCCACCUGGAGGAGCGAGCCCAGCUCAUCCAUGACCUUCAGAGCUGCGAGCGGGAAAUCGAUAGUCUGAAAGAUAUUCUAUCUGAAAAGGACAAGGAGAUGUCGAGCCUGGCCGCUAACAUGGCUGAGUACGCAGAGCAGCUCACGAUUCUGAAGCAGGAGAUAAAAGUCAAAGAGGAGAGCCUGGUCCAGGUAGAAAAGGCUCUGAGUAAGGCAGAGCGGGAGGCCAUGGUUAUCAGAGACUCGCAGAGUUCAGACCAACAAACCCUGAACAGCAAGAUCACCGAGCUGGUCGGCAAACUGAAAGACACCGAGGUGGAACUGGUGAACGUCAAAGAGGAAAGGGAGUCGAAAGUGGCCGAGGUGGAACACCUAAUAAAGCAGACUGAGGAGGAUAAGAGAACCAUCCAGGAGCUUCGAGGGGAGAUCCAGAAACAGAUUGUGAGCCACCGUAAUCAUCUUUCUGAAUGUGAAAUACACAUCUCGUCUCUAAAGGAGCAGGUGACCUCAUCUGCCCAGAAGCUUCAGGAGUCAGAGGAGCUUGUUUCACAUCUCAAAGACAGAAAUGCAAGCAAUGAGAAGCUGCAGCAGGAGCUCAGGGAGAAAGAACAGUUACGUGAAAAUGAGCUUAAAUCCUUCAAAGAAGAACAAAACGAACUUCUGGCUCAGGUGGAGAAAUAUAACAACCAAGUUCAGACAUUGUCCAAACAGUUAGAGAAGCAGAUGGAGAGCGAGGAGAACGUCAGAAAGACGAUGCAGGAGAAACUGGAAACUUUAGCAUCACUGGAAGACAAGCUAAAAGCAGCUGAUAAGCAGGCAGAGGACGAGAGGCACAAGUUCAACAUGGAGUUACAAGUCAGGGAUUCAGAAACCCAGAAACUGAGCAAAGAACUAAAGAACAAGUCUGAGAAUUUCUCCAAACUCAAGAGCCUUUUAAAAAGCACGAAGACUGAAAAACAACAACUGGAGGAGAAUCUCAAAGGGCUGAACGAGGAGCUCGACCUGCAGAAGCAGCAAACCAGAGAGCUCAACGAAAAGGUUGCAUCUGCUCUUGAACUUAACAGCAGUCUGCAGAAUCAAGUGCAGCAACUCACAGAGCAGAAAGAGAGACUCGAAGUGGAAGUAACCCAGCGAACAGAAACCAUUUCAGAGGUAACGGCUGAGCUGGGCUCUUUACAAGCAAAAAUUGCUGCUUUGGAAACACAGCAUUCAGAAAACAAGAAAAUCAUCCAACAGCUGCACGGAGAAAAGGAGGAACUCACUGUCCGAACCAGCGAGUUAAAUCAAGUCUUUGAGCAGAGCACGCACUCAAACUCUGAGAUUUUGUUGGCAAAAACAAACGAAUGUAGUCAUCUCAACCAGUUGCUCAGAGAGAGGGAGGAGGAGGUCGCUCAGCUGCGAGAAUAUGUGCAGAGUUUAACCUCCAAGGUGGAGCAGCUGCAGCUCGACGUGGCAGAAAAGGAGCAAGCUACCUCCGGCCUUCUGACUGAAAAAGAAGUCAAACAAAAAGAGCAAACACAACUGGAGGAAACGUUGUCUCUGCUUCGAGAACAAGAAUCCAGUUUGAAGGCUGGGUUGAUGGAGAAGGAUGCGCUGUUGAACCAGAAGCACGAAGAGUACCAAAGUCUGCAGAAUGAAAUCACCGCUCAGAAAAAUACCACAUCCAAGCUACGAGCAGAGGCUGAAUCGCUCCACGAGGAACGCUCACAUCUCCAGCAACGACUUGAAGAGAGAGAAGAAAUGUUAAAAAAGACGACACAGCAGAGUCAAAUGUGCAAAGAUGAGCUGAAUGAAAGAAAUGAGGCGGUUAAGUCUCUGAGCGACCAAAUCAGAGUGUUAGAGGAAAACAGCAGAAAGUUUGAGUCUGAGGCUGCAGUGAUGAAAUCAGAGCUGGCCGAGCUUCACGCUACCUGCGAGUCCAGGGAAAAACAGCUUACUCAGCAGCUGCAGGCUGUUUCUGACCUGAACUCGCAGCUUGCAGCUGCUGUUGAGCAGAAUUCCAGUUUGAGCGAGCAGAUCAGCAGCCUGACAGAAGACAAUCAAAGAUUACAAGAAGAGCUCGCAAAGAAGGUUAAAUCUGUUUCUGAACUGAUGACUGAGAAGAGUUUACUCCAAGAAAUAACUUCCAGACUUGAAAUUCAAAUCUCAGACAAUCAGAAAAUGAUGGAUGACUUGUUGAGGGAAAAGGAAGAGCUUACUCUGACAGCAGAGGAGCUAAAAAAGAUCCUGAAGGAAAGCGAACAGUCAAGCUCUGCAGGUCUGCUCGAGAAAACCAACCAAUGUGCUCAUCUGUCAAAAGCACUGAGGGGCAAAGAGGAACAGCUCCAGAGUUUACAAGAGCAAAUCAGUGAACUCAACACAUCCCUACAUGACAAAGAGAAAGUGGUGGAGGCUCAGCAGAACCAGCUGAUGCAACUUCAGGACACCAUAUCGAUGCUUCAGGAGCAGGGAUCUGUUCUGAAGUCGGGGCUGAUGGAGAAAGAUGUGAUGUUUCAGCAGAAAGCAGAUGAAGCUGAGCAGCAGAAAGACCUUGUCUCAAAGAUGCAGGGAGAGAUAGAGUCACUCAGGCAACAGUGCUUAGGCGCAAAACAACAGAUAGAGGAAAAAGAAGAGGCUUUAAGAGGGAUAAUGAAUGAAUUUCAGAACCAGAAAGAUGAGCUGAACAAACGAAAUGAAUCUGUGAUUUCACUUAGCGGUCAGCUUGGGGCCAUGAAUGAGAACGCUGCCAAGAUGGAAGCGGAGAUUACCAACCUAAAGGAGUCUGUGCAAAAACUCUCUGCAGAAAAUCAUUGGCUGAUGCAGGAGGAGGGCCAGAGGAAGGCAGACAUCAUCGAUUUCAAAGACAAUAUUCAAGCACUCAAUGAGCAGAAUACCAGGAUCAAAUCUGAGCUUCAGAAAACGUUAACUGAGCUAUCUGAAGCACAUGAGCUCAUCACCAAUCUCAGAGCAGAAGCCCGUGAGAAGGAGAGGCUGAACUUGUCUGUGCAGGGAAAAGACGAUGCCCUGAAGCAGCAGGAGACGCUGAUCCAGCAGCUAAACAUUACUGUUUCAGAGCAGAAGGAGCAGCUGGAGCAGAGAGCGGAGGACACUCUCGCUUUACAAGGACGAGUUUCAGAGCUUGAAGGCCAAGUUGACAGCCUUACUGCAGAGUUGUGCAUCCUGAAAAACACUUUGGAUAAAAGCAAACAGUCGAGCCUUGAAUAUCAAGCUCAGUCUUCUGCCACUGUUGAAAGUCUCAGCUCACAUCUGCAAGCCAAAGAGGCAGAGUGCGAAAGUUUAAAAGAACAGAUUUCACACCUUAAAGAAUCUGUCACAAAGCUCAGCGACUCCCUCCAAGUACAAAAAAGUGAAGCGCAAAGUCUCAGAAAAGUCUUGGAAGAUAAAGAAGCGGCACUUCUGGAGCGAUCAAAGUCUCUCGAGGACGUUCAGAGACAAGCAGACGAGGCUUCGCUGUUCAAAACUCAGUUCAUGGAAAGCACAGAGUUGGUGACGCAGCUGCAGAGUCAAAUUCAGCUACUCUGCACUCAGUCAGAAAACCUCAAGAAGUCUGAAGAUGAAACACAAAGUGCCUUCAACAACCUGCAGGAGAAAUAUGCUGCAAACUUAGAGGAAUUACAAGAUGUGAGAAGCCAGCUCUCUGAAAGGACAGAGCAGGUGUCCACCCUUCAAACACUGUUGGAUGAGUCCCAAAAGGAAGAGCAAACACUAAGAAAGGAUAAGGAGUUAUCAGAAGCCCUGAACUGUCGUCUGUCACAGGAGAAGGACGAAGCUUUUGCAUCUCACCAAGCAAGCGUGUCUCUGCUGACUGUUGAAAUAGAAAGACUCAAAUCACAACAUCUUCAGGUUGCUACACAAAUGAACGCACUGACUGAAAACCUGGAGCAGAGAGAAAUGGCUCUGCAUGCAAUAAACAGUCAGUACACAGCUCAGGCCAAACACACAACCCAGCUGGUUUCAGAAAUCAAGAAACUUGAGGAACAAAACAAGCGGCUAAACGAGGAGAUUCGCUCUUCGAAGGAAGAGGUCGGUAAUGAAAAUGCACAUUUGCAGGGAGAAGUCAGGAAGCUUGUUGCAGAGAAGGAAGAGCUGGAGAGGAGGUAUUGUGACGUCCAGACAUCGCAGGAGGAGCUGCAGGCUCAGAUGGAGCAGAGGUCCAGCAGCAUAAAGGAAAUGAUGGAGAAAAUGGAGUCCGAGAAGCAGAACCUUCAAGCAGAGGUUAGUGCCAAAGACGAAGAAAUUUCUCGAUUAAAAGAAAACGUUCAAAAGAUAGAACAAAUUCUGCAGGAUUCUGAGAGAGAGUGGCUGUUAGUGCUGGAUAGAGAGAAGCAGCAUAAGAAUCUACUUUCAGAACAGUUAAGAAGUGUUGAAAAUGAAAUGAAAACUAAAGAUGUUAAAGUUAAUGCUUUGAAACAGGACUUGGACAGUUUGCAGGAGAAACUAGCCGAUGCUUCGGCUGCAGUUAGACAGGGCUCCGAUCAGCUGAGCGCAAAAGAGUUGGAGGCAUCAACGUCCAGAAUUCAACUGGAGAAGGUUUUAGCAGCUAUACUAGAAAAGGAGGAGGAGAGCCGGAGCUUACAGGAGGCUCUGAAGGCUGCAGAAGAUGAGCUUCUGAGUCUUGUAAUGAGAGAAAAUGGCAGCCACAGCGAUUCCUCUGCACCUCAGAGGUCUGCUGCUUUAAACACGGAAAAGUCAAAUUUGCGGGACAUGAUAAGACAGCUGCAAGAAAGUCAUCAGGCUGAGGUUCGAGUGUUAAAAGGUGAGUUGGAUAGACAUGUUGCACAGCUGCAGGAGAACCUUAACGAAGGAGAAAGGAGCAAUGAGAAGAGUCAACAGAUCACUCGUUUGCUAGAGACUGUAGAGACUUUACAGACCCGGCUUAACGCAGCAGAGGAGAAAGUAAAAGAGGCUUCUGUUGGCUGCACGUCUUCACACAGUGAGCUGAAAGCAAAAGAAGAACAAAUCGGCUGUAUGAGCAUUCAGAUCAGUCAGCAGAAGGAGUUGCUUGCUGCACUUAGUCAGCAGUUAAAGGAUAAAGAUGCAUCCAUCGCACAGGUCAUAGAGUCAGCCUCAAGCGAGAGGAUGAAGCUUGAUGAGGAAAAGGGUUCUUUGUUAACACAGUUAGAAAACAUGGAACAAGCGCAGCAAACCACCACCAAGAGGCUCGGAGAGAUUUCUCAGCAGUUAGAAGAACAAAUGUUGCUCUCUCAGAGUGAAAUGGAGAGGAAGAAUUCAGAGAAUCUUCAGCUGCUUAAAGAAAAGGCCGAUCUGCAGAGUGAGCUCGCUAAGGCGUCAAAAGAAAAAGAAGCAAUGAAGAAGAAGCUCCAAGCCGCUCUCCUUGUGAGGAAAGACUUGACGAAGAGAGUAGAAGAGUAUGAAAAGCAAAGAGAUGAGAGCCUGAACAAUGCUGAGCAGUCUCAAGCUACUGUACAAAGAUACCAAGAAAGGGUUUCCCUUCUUGAAAAGGAGAUUCUUCAGAAGAAUGGAGAGAUACUCGAAGCCAAAGCUGAAAGAGAAAGAGUCGUGGAACAGUUAGAAACGCUGAGAAGCACAUUAAAUGAGAAAGAAGCCUGUUUAUGGGAGAAGGACUCCGUCAUAGAGCAGCUGCAGCAGAGAUUAGAAGAGCUUCAAAGUGAAAACCAGACGUGUAAAGCCGAGCUAGAAGACAAAUCUUCCUCCACGGCGAGUUCUGUCGAUUUAGAAAAUGAGCUCGCGCAGGUGAAGCUAGAGAAAGCGACGUUGCAGAAGAAGGCACAGGCUGCAUUGCUGGCUCGCAAAGAGAUGAUGAAGAAAGCUCAAGAAAAUGAGAAGAAACUGAGUCAGGAGCUGGCAGAGCUGAAAGACGACUACAAGGCCCUGCUGGAGCAACGCUGUCAGCAGACCAACGAGCUCAACGCCGUCCAGCUGACUCUUGACCAGAAGGUCAGGGAGCUGGAGAACCUCCAUAAAACUUCUUUGUCUCAUCUGGAUGAAUUAAACACUUUAAGACAUCUUGUUGGGGAGAGGGAUAAAACUCUACAAGAUUUAAAGAUGUCUUUGGCUGAGAAAGAAAGUCAGUGCCAUUCGCUGUCAAACAUGCAAACAGAGCUAGAAAAUGUUAAGUCCAUGAUGGAAAGUGUUUCUUCUGAAACCGUGAGUAAAGACGAGGCUCUCAGAGAGAUGCACCAACGAGAGGAUGCUCUGAAAUCUGAACUACACUCGGCACAGAAGGAGUUGGAGAUGGCUCAUGCAGAGCUGGAGCAGAAAACAGAUGAGAUGGUGAAAUGUCAGGAAACCAUCCGGCUGGCCGAUCGGGAGCUCCAGGCAUCAUGUGAGAAAAACAGCGCUUUAGAGGCCCAGUUGGACAUCUGUCAGUCUGAAGUGGAGCAAGAAAAACUUGCAAAUGAGAAAAAGAAUCAAAUUUUAACAGCCGAGAAGGAGGCGUUUGUGGAGCAAAUGAAUUUGUUAAAGCUGGAACUUGAGUCGGCAAUCGAUUCAGUUUCUCAGAAAUCUUUUGAAAAUUCAACCAUCCAGAGGAUGUUUGCGGAAACGCAGCAGCAGCUCGGUGAGGAGUUGGAAAAGGCACAGCUGCGUUAUACUGAGACACAAAGGGAACUGGACUCACUAAAGAGGGUUAAAGAAAACUCUGAACUCAGAGAUGAGGUAGCGGCCCCGAACCAGCCACAUAAACAUCUGCAUGAAGACAAACACCAGGAUGACGUCUGUAACUCCUGCAAACAUGCUGAAAACAUUAUGGUGAAGCUGAAGGAGAGAGACGAUGCUCUGUCAGGUUUUCAGGCUCAAGUUUCAGAAAAAGAAGCACUAAUUGCUGCACUGGAGCUGCAGCUACAGCAGCAAAUUAAAAUGCAUGAAGUUACUCUGGAAAAUAUGAAAGCAGAAGCUGAGGGGCUCCAGAAAUCUCAAGAGGAUGGAAGCAGAACGAAUGAUCAGGACAGCAAAAGCAAAGUGGCUCUUCUAACCAAGAAGCUUCAGGCAGCUUUAGUUUCCAGGAAACAGCUCCUGAAAGAAAACUCUACACUCAGGGAAGAAGUAGAAAAUCUGUCUGCAAGGCGAGACGCAAAAGAAGCAGAGUGUUCAGAUCUGGGAUCAUCUGUGCUGAAGCUAAAGGAACAAAACGUAGAGCUGGAAAGAUCAUCAUCAUCCGCCAGCAAAGAGCGAGACCAACUCAGCAGUGAGAUAGAAUGCGUCCUCGGUGAGAACCGCAGUCUUUCUGCAGCCUGCGACAGCCUGAAACUCACCAUCGAAAACAUCACUCAGCAAAAACAAGCCUUUUCAUGCCAGCUCGAGUCUCUAAAAGACUCUCAGACGGAGGAGCUGACCAGGUGGAAGUCGAAGCAUGUGGAGCUGAAACAAGAGUAUGAGUCUCUGCUGCAAGCGUAUGAAAAUGUCAGCAGUGAAAUGGACAAGAUGAGGCAGCUCUUAGAAGGAGCCAAGAGGGACAGGCAGGACGCCCUCAGAAAACUGCACAGCCGCGAGGCCGAAGUGGUGGAUCUGGAGAAGCAAGCCAGAGAGGCGGAGGAAGAAAAUGGCAGGCUUAAAGAGAGGAUGCACAAGUUUACCAAAGAGAAGCGGCAGAAGAUGGAGGAGCUAGAGGAUGAAAAUCAGAGGAUAAAGAAAGAGCUGAUGGAGCUCAGCGGGAACCACAACAGGUAUCUGAGCGAGCUGAGAGACAAAAACCAGCAACUGGAAGCAGAAAUGUGCCAACUCCGAGAGUCCUCAGAGGAUCUCAGAGGGAGACUUGCUGUGAUUCAGGCUGAAAAUGGCCAACUGGCACAAAAACUGGAAGCGACGAGCCGUUCCCUGGAAGAGAGGAGCUUGGAAUCAAACACAUAUGCAAACAAUAUGCAACUUAAACUUGACGAAUCACUUAGUUUAAAUAAUUCGCUGACAGCUCAGAUUGAGGCCCAGAAAACAGAACUCGGUGCCCAGCUGGAAAUCGGCGACUUGUUACAAAAGGAGAAGCAAAAUCUGUCAGAAAGAAUAGAAAACAUACAGAAUGAUCACGAGGUGCAGCUGGGAAAGAAAGACGAUGCCAUCAAAGAGCUUAAAGACAUCAUCAACAAGCACAGCCAGGAGACGGUGAGUCUGAACGAGAAGGUGAGGAUCCUGGAGGACGAUAAGACGCUUCUGCAGGAGGAGCUUGAAAACGCUCAAGAGAUCUCUGACAAAGUGAAAAAUGAAAACGAAUAUUUAGAAACCGUCAUCCUGAAGAAUUCCGAGCGGAUCGACGAGCUGACGGAGUCCAUCAACGCUCUGCAGGCGCAGAACACGCAGCUGUCCGCUCAGCUUCGAGCCAGUACCGACACAACCGAUCGAGUCCGGCGAGAAAAGGAGCAGGAGCAGCUCAAGCUGGUCCGAGAGUUCGAGGAGAAACUCAAGAACGUUCAGAGAGGAAGCGAGGGGUCCAAAAAUGUGCGGAGAGAGCUGCAGGAGCUGCUCAAGGAAAAGCACCAGGAGAUAAAUCAGCUGCAACAAAACUGUAUCAGAUACCAGGAAGUGAUUUUAGAUUUGGAGAGCUCUUCAAAGGGCUUACAGUCAGCCUGUGAACAGCUGGAGAAAGAUCUGAAGACGAGCUCAGAGAAGAUAUCAACAUUAGAGGAAAGAAGUAAAGAAGUUGAGGCUGAGUUAACUGGACAAAGGAAACUCCUGCAGGAGGCUGAAGAAAAGAUGGUGAUGGUCGAAUCUGAAAGAGACCAGCUGGCUGCAGAAGUAUCCCAACAUAAACACUCUGAGACCACAGACGGACGAAAACCAGCAGAAAAUCCUGAUCAAACACAGCUAGAUUCUUAUUUUAAAAGUCAGUUUGUGUUACAGCAACAAAUAGACGAGCUGAAGAAUCUAAAAGACAAAGAGAGUCAGAGAGUUGAUGAGCUGAUGCAGCAGCUGGACCACCAGGAUCUACAGAUAAACACCCUGAAAAGAGCUGCUGAAAGCAACAAAACCAAGCUGUCUGCUUUAUCUGCUGCUCCUGAAGGAGCCGACGCCAGCAAACUCUGGAACGAUUUGUACCAAAAGAGUUUGCACGAGAAGGACAACCAGCUCCUGGAACAAGGGUUCAUGAUCACGAGGUUCCUGGAAGACAUGAGGAGAAAAGAUAAAGAGGUGAACGAACUACGAGUCACAAAAUCGCGUCUGGAGAGAACUCUGAACGAGUACUCGGUAGCUGCCGCCGCCCAGCAGAGGCAGCUGUUCGUCAUGGGCGCCACCAAUGCCGAGCUGAGCGAGACGGCCGAGCUCAUGACCGCGCAGGUAAAGGAACUCGCUGCUCAGGUGGACAGAAAAGAGCAAGAGAAAAAUGCACUGAACCACCAGCUCGCCAACAAAGAAGACGCCGUUUCCGAACUGCAGCUUCACCUGCAGCAGAUGGAGAAGAUAAAUGCCGACACAGACGCUCAGCUGCGCCUCUUACAAACCCGAUAUGACCGGGUUCAGGCUGACUUCGAGAAGCAGGAGGGCAUCUCUCUGCAGCUGAAAACACUCCUUCAGAACAAAGACGCAGAGAUUUCCUCGCUGCUGUCCUGCAGGGACGGACAGAUGUCCGGGUAUCUGGAGCAGCUCCAGGCUAAUCAUCGCAGCCAGGUUUCAGUUUACGAGGACAGGCUGACGUCUUUACGCUACCAAAGGGACAAGGCUGACACAGAGCUGAGAACGCUGGAGGCCAAACUCAAAAGUCUGCAAAUCCAAGUCAACAGAUCUGUCCAGGAAAAGGAGCAGACGGCAGCGAAGAUAGAGUCUUUCAAAAACUCGAUGGUGUCUUUGCAGAGCGAGCGGGAGCGGCUCAUAUCAGAAUACAGAAUACUGGAAGUAAAGAGCCAGUUAAGUUUGAAGGGUAAAGAGGGUUCUCCUGAUGGGGAGACUGGUGCAAACAAAGGCCUUAAACACGAAAUAAGGAAGUUGCUGCAUCAAAUGGACGAUCUGAACUCUGAGAACGCCAUGCUGAGGGCUCAGCUGGUUCGCUACAGAGAGGAUUUAAAUCAGGUUUUAUCUCUCAAAGACAACCAACUGAAGGUUCUGCUCAGGAAGCAACAAGAUGUGAUCAAAAACCUGGAAAACCAGAAGGCUGCAGCUGAGAAGCAGCACAGAGAGUCUCAGCUGGAACUCCAAAGAGAAGAAGAAACAAGUAAUGCCUUAGAAACCCAGAAUUCAAAACUGAAAGCUCAAGUAUCAAAGCUGGAAGCUGAAAUAUUGAUACUGAACGAGAAAAGAGCUGCAACGAGUGAAGGCAGAGUGAUCGCCGACCUGCAGGAAGCCGUGGCGGCCAAGGCGGCCGAAUGCAACGACCUGCAGCAAAAACUUCUUUCCCACAAAAUCUUGGCCAACGAGCUGAAGGACGAAAUGCAGCAGCUGGGAAAUGAAAGGGAUAAAAAACUCGCCGAAGCGGAGGACGGAUACAACAGGGAGCUGAAGAAGUUUGAGCGUGAGGUGGAGCUCAUGAGAAACGAGCGAGAGACAGCGGAUCGGAGGGUGGCCGAGCUCGCCAAAGAGCUCCUGGAUUUGGAGCAGCAGCUGUCGGUGGCAAAAUUACAAAACAAAGAGAUGAAGGCCCAGAACGAGUCUCUGUGCAAAGCUAUGGCCGCCCUGCAGAACGACCGAGACCAGCUCAUCCAGGACUUUAAGGUCCUCAGGAACAGGUACGAUGAAGAACUUAGAGAGACUCGGACAGCCUUGAACAAGACUGAGCGCAGUCUGCAGGAUGCCUCCUCAGACUCAGCCAUGUUCGCCAAAGAGCGGGACAUUCUCGUCCAUAGACUGAAAGCUGUGGAGAGCAAAGACGUGCACGCAGAGCUGAACACGUUGUUGGAUGAGGUGUCAAAGGCCCUGACGGAGAAGGAAAGAGAGCUGAAGCAGGUGGUUGGAGAAAAGAACAGCUGCAGCAGGCAGCUGUCGGCGUUCUCCAGAUCCAUGGCCAGCCUGCAAAACGAUCGCGACAGGCUGAUGGAGGAGCUGGCGGGGACCAAACGAGCCGUCCAAUCCAGGCAGGGGUCCAGCCUGGAAAGCGUUUUUACCACUGAAAAGGGAGGAGGUGUCCUGGAGAGUCAGGAAGACGGGCUGGUGAGGAGGCUGAAGGCUGAAGAACUACAACACAAAGAAGUCAACAGCUACCAAGAAGAAGCUCCAGAGACCGGGUCUGAAGUUGAGAAGAAGGAACCUCCUCCAGUUAAGCAGGAAACUUCGGCAGCACAGAGCGGACUAGAGGAGACGGUGAGUCGGAUGGAGGCAGAGAGGAUGCAGCUUCAUCGAGACCUGCAGCGCUGCAUUUAUGAGAUCCAGCAGCGGGACCAGUACCUCCAGCAGAUCAACACCAAGCUGCAGCAGGCGGUGGAGGAGAGAGGUUCUGUUGCAGCCCAGCUGAGGGCCGUUUCCCAAACCCUGAGGGACACCCAGAACCGCUGCCACUGGCUGGAAAGCCAAAUCCAAGGCCAAGCACAGGGUGCAGUAUUUACUGAAGUUGCACCGGGAGCUCCGCAGGAGAGGAGCAACGACUCCAUGAUCCCUGAAACUGCUGAAGCCAGUCAGCUCAGAGAAAGGCUGCUGGAGAUGGAGCUGAGUUUGGCCGAAGAGAGAGCCAGAAGAGAGACGACUGAAGAGGCCCUGCGUCUCGCCGAAGACCGAGCAAAGAGCGUCAGUUCCGGCCUGUCCAGAGACGCUCAGAGGGACUUCAGCAUCGAGAUGGAAACAGAAGAGGAGUGGGAAGCUCUCAGUCUCAACCCAAACCAGCCUCUGAUAACACGGAAGGUGAAAGGCGGCGUGGUGGCGUGCCGGCGCUGGCUGCGAGGCCGCAGCCUCUACUUCUCCAGACUGCUGACGGGUCGCGCCCGCUCGCGGUACUUCUUCCUGGCGUAUCUGCUAACGCUGCACGUGCUCGUCCUCAUGUGCCUCGCUGGUGCUUUGUAGGGAAGUCGCUCAGCGUGCCCGACGGCUGAAACUCAGAGGUUUUAUUUGUUUUGUUUGUUUCUCAGCAGGCAGGGUAAAACACUAAAACAUCUGUCAGGACAGACGGUUUUAUUUCCACAUGCACACGUUCUGCAAGAUGAGACACAAACACGGUGCUUUCAUUUUAGUUCGCACAACCAUCGAGGAAGAAGCAGACUUCAUGUUCUCUGCAUUUUCUCCUCGUUGUGGGUAAAGCGAGUCUUAAAGCAUCUUCCUCCCCUUGUUCGUCGUGUUUGCUGUUUGCAGGCUCUGUUAACACCACCUCUCCGUCUCUGUUAACACCACCUCUCCGUCUCUGUCGCCUUCCUCAGCUGUCAAACCCAAAACACAAACAUUCACACCAGCUGCUGCUUUAUUUGCCUGCCUGAUGAUCGGAAGUUGCACAUAAUCGUAAUGCUGAGUUAAAACUAUGCACUGAAACUCGGAGUGUGUGUUAAACCAUCCGAUGUGAAGCACUACACCUCUCCCGCCCUGCGCCCUUUAAACUGGAAGCCAGAGCCGUCUGACUCUGGCUCUCUCUCUCCGGUAACUUGGGAAACGAUGGUAGUGAAACAAGUUUAAAGUUAACUCCUGUAUCAAUGUGUGCCAUGAAAUGAAAGUACAUACUGUGUGUAUUUAAGAUUUUUCCUGUAUUUAAUAAUCUGGAGAGUUUGCUGUACAGUAGGUGUGUAUAUUUGCUUUUCAUAUCUUCUCUGGCUGAUGUUUGACUGUAUGUUAGUUUCAUAAAACAAGAUCAGGUAACAAGCCAGAGUUUUUCUUUUUAAUUUAAAGAUAUUAAUAAUAAUAAAGACAGAUUCUUCCUGGCUUGUUAACUCGUCUGGUUUUAUGGAAAGGACGAUGAUGUGAUCUGUACAUGAAGGUGUGAUUCCUGAGCGAAGCGAUGAUCCAAAUCUAUUUAUAAAAGAAAGAAACUACUGAAAAAUGUCCACGUGACAUAUUUUGUCUACUGCCUCUGUUUUUAAGAGUUAGCGACGCCGUCGACGACGUGAAGCUGAACUUUGUGCAAUACUGAGUCAGAGGUCACCGUUUACCAUCUCCAUCACUAGUUAAUAAAUUCUAUUGUAAACUUU